CUAUAUAUGUAGAGGCUCCUCUUAACCAAGUAGACGCGUUUUAAAGCCGUGAGGGCCCCCUUGGGCCCAAAGCGGACAAUAUCUACAUGGUUGGGUGCGGGUCGUUACACUAGUAGUUGUUUCGGGCUCAGCUGGAGUGGAGUUGAUAGCGAUGAAAGAUUUGAAUUUUUCUUUUCCUGCAUUUUCCUGACCACCAAAGAAAGCCUGGGCCUAACCCACUCGAAACCAUGAAACCCAAAUGCUUGCCUUCCCACAAAAGAUAGUUGGAUAUGUAAAUGUGUGGCAACACCUUCCACAGAGACGACUGGUACAUUUUUUUUCCCAUUAAUUUUAUAGUUAUAUCAAUGUUCUUAUUUUUAAUUAUGUUUCUAUGCAUCUGGUCAAGUCAUUAGUGUUAUGAAUUUCUGGGAAAUUUUUUAGUUAUGAACCUAUUUUGCAGUUCGAGAGGGGCUUUAAAUUUUUUCUAGAAGUUAUUUGAUAACAUAAUUGAGUGCCACUACUGAAUUUUUUAUGGGAUAAGUUGGGAUAAAUUGCUUAUGAUAAUAUGCCAUAGUACUGACUAAAAUCUUAUUUUCUUUGGAAAUGGGAUUGAAAAAUUGAGGGUCUUGCAACAUGAUGUGGUGUGGCCAAUGGACUCUGUUUCUUGAUUUUAAAGUGUCAAUCUGACACAAUUUUUCCUUCAUUUUGUUAGGCUAAUGAUAAAUAUGCUGUUUCUGCAACUUGAAGAUUUUAUUGUUACCAAUUCAGCACUACGAUUUUCAAUCCCUAAGUCUCACACGACAAAGGUCUCUCGCAAUGCAAAUAUGGCCAAACUUCAAGCUGGUUAUUUGUUUCCAGAGAUAGCCAGAAGAAGGUCAGCACACAUGCUAAAGUACCCUGAUGCACAAGUGAUAAGCCUUGGAAUUGGUGACACUACUGAGCCCAUUCCAGAAGUUAUAACUUCUGGUAUGGCAAAGAAAGCACAUGCAUUGUCAACACUAGAGGGUUACAGUGGUUAUGGAGCUGAACAAGGUGAAAAACAAUUGAGAGCUGCAAUUGCUUCGACCUUUUAUGGUGACCUCAGCAUAGAGGAAAGUGAUAUAUUUGUCUCUGAUGGUGCAAAAUCUGACAUAUCUCGCCUUCAGGUCAUGUUUGGGUCUAAUGUUACAAUGGCAGUGCAAGACCCAUCAUACCCGGCUUAUGUAGACUUAAGUGUUAUCUUGGGCCAGACUGGGCAGUUUCAGAAGGAUGUUGAGAAGUAUGGAAACAUCGAAUACAUGAAGUGUAAUCCAGAGAAUGGUUUCUUUCCUGAUUUAUCUACUGUUUCGCGAACCGAUAUCAUUUUUUUCUGUUCACCAUACAAUCCCACUGGUAAUGCUGCAACAAGGGAGCAACUGACCCGACUUGUACAGUUUGCCAAGGACAAUGGAUCAAUUCUAGUGUAUGAUUCGGGAUAUGCCAUGUAUAUCUCGGAUGACAGCCCAAGGUCCAUCUUUGAAAUUCCUGGAGCCAAAGAGGUUGCAAUUGAGGUAUCAUCAUUUUCCAAAUAUGCUGGGUUCACUGGAGUCCGUCUUGGUUGGACUGUGGUUCCAAAGGAGCUUCUAUAUUCAGAUGGAUUUCCUGUUGCCAAGGACUUUAACCGCAUUGAAUGUACAACCUUCAACGCUGCAUCCAACAUUUCUCAAGCUAGUGGUCUGGCUUGUCUUUCACCAGAAGGCCUAGAGGCUAUGCAUAAACUGGUAGGUUUCUACAAAGAAAAUACUAAUAUAAUCAUGGAGACAUUCACUUCUCUUGGUUUUAGCGUGUACGGAGGUAAGAAUGCACCAUAUGUUUGGGUUCAUUUCCCUGGUCAAAGCUCAUGGGACGUGUUCAGCGAGAUACUUGAGAAGACCCAUGUGGUAACAACACCUGGCAGUGGUUUCGGACCAGCUGGUGAUGGUUUCAUUAGGGUUUGUGCUUUUAGUCACAGAGGCAAUGUUCUAGAGGCCUGCAAAAGAUUCAAGCGGUUAUACAAGUGAAGUGUAGUAUGAGAAUGGUUUCAGUUUCAGCAGCCCUCCAUUAUGCUCCAUGUUCUCUGUGAUAGCAGGACUGGAGCAGGAUUCGUAUCUUAUGUAUCUCCCUCGUUAUUUCUUAUCAGAUUCUAUUUUUAAUUUGGUGUAGAACCUAGUAACUUUUACAAAGAUUGAUUUUGAAUUGGUA